AUGAGUGAUAACGGCGAGAUAGCGAAUCCAUCACCAAUUAAAAAAAAUAAACGUGGAAAAAUUAUUGUCGAACAACGGAGAAUCACCAUUAUAAAUCUAUAUAAGGUAAAUCUGCUCAAACAUCCAGAUAUGCCGUUGUAUAAAAUGGCGAAAAUGAUUGCGGAUUCCACCGGUAUUGGUAAAACUACGGUUGGAAAUGUUAUAAAAAAAUAUGAAGAGUCGAAGACAAUAACUAUUCCAAAAAUAAAACGGGCCAAACAAUCAUUUUUGGACACCAUAGACGAUUUUGACAAGAACGCAGUUCGUGGGCACGUUCAUAAAAUUUGGUUUGCUCGUCAAAUUCCUACGGUUGACAAGAUAUUUCAAGCUGUGGCCUCCGAUGAUAGUUUGCCGUCAAUAUCUCGUACGAAUUUAUUUCGCCUGCUAAAAGCAUUGAAUUUCCGUUACACUAAGCGGAGUCGGAAUAGUGCUCUUACAGAAAGAAAUGAAUUAGUGGAGUGGCGCAGACGUUAUUUACGAGACAUUGAGCGGUAUCGUGAGGAAGGUCGGCACAUUUAUUACCUGGACGAGACGUGGGUAAAUGCCGGUGAGUGUACGUCGAAAACAUGGGUCGACACAACAAUAAAAUCGCACCACGAUGCAUUUCAAAAGGAGCUCACUACAGGGAGUGUGAAUCCUUCAGGUAAAGGAAAAAGGCUCAUUGUUCUGGACAUCGGUUCGGAAGACGGUUUUGUUCCCGAUGCCUUAUUGUGCUUCGAGUCGAAGAAAAAUACAAGCGAUUACCACGACGAAAUGAACGGUGACACGUUUCGUGAGUGGAUGGAGGGUAUUUUACCACGACUAAAACCAAAUUCUGUUAUUGUCAUGGACAAUGCUUCGUACCACUCGGUGAAAAUUGACAAAGCCCCUUCAUCUAACACCCGGAAGGCUGACAUAAUUAAGUGGUUAACCGAUAAAGGAAUAGUUAUAGACAGGCCUAUGGUUAUCCCUGAACUACUGCUUAUGGUAAAGCGUUUAAAACCACAGCACGAAAGGUACGUCAUCGAUGAGCUAGCUAAAUCCUAUAACCACACUGUCUUAAGAUUGCCGCCGUACCACUGCGAGCUCAACCCCAUAGAAUUGGCUUGGUCGUCGGUUGAGAACCAUGUUCGAAUGAACAAUACCACCUACAAACUUCCAGAUGUGAAACAAUUAUUGAUACAAGGCGUGAGUCGUAUAGACUCGAUCAUGUGGACAAAUUUUAUACGGCACACAAAAAAAGAAGAAAAAAAAUUUUAUGACAUCGACGACAUCAUUGACGAUAUUUUGUCUGCGGAAACGUCAGAUUUGCGGUUGACCGUUACAGGAGAAACGACAUCAGAUUCUGAAUCAGAUUCGGAUUAG